CCAGCCCUUCGCAUCCAGCUGGUGCGUCGCUCCGCAGCAGUCGUGCGCCACACUCACUAUGGCUUUAGGAGUAAGCAGGACGCUCUUGGCGCUAUUCGUCACGUUUUGCGCACCAGGAUGCGGCUGGGCAGCAGAGAAGCCCCUGCGGUCACACAAUGGAAAACAGACAUCUGUGGACAAGGGCCUGAGAGAGAGCUGGGAGCCUUCGAUCCAUCUGGAUGGAAGACCUGUGGACCGGUUUGUAAUCAGUUCCAACAAACCCAUGAGAGCUCAUCGCUUCACCAAAGAGGGCAAGGACAACCACUCUCAUCCUCUGGAGGACGUAGACCCUGAAUGGGUUAACCUGGAUGGCUUUGCUGUGCUGGGCGGUGCACCUGUCAGCAACUCAGCAGGUCCAGCCAGGUCGCCACAAACAUCAGUCAGAAAUGAACCGUCUGUGCAAAGGGCCACCAGAGUAAACAGAACAGCUCAUCCGUCAGGCGUGUCCAACACCAGGACACAUCGGAGGCCACCUCAGUCCUCUUCGGGUCCCAGGCAGCCUGAGAAACUGGUGGCACGAACACCACGACUGGACAGAAGACGACAACACUAUACUAAGCCUCAGUCGGACCAGAGGAACCGUCAUAGUCCUAAACUAACAUCUGAGUCCGUUCAUGUGGUGUCACUGCAGGCACAGAAAGCCCUGGGCCAGAGUACACCACACAGUAGAGCCGCUGCAGCCAAAACCACCAUACCAGAACCACCAGAGUAUGAGGCUCGGGACAUCAGUGUGAGGGUCAUGUCUCCGCAGUCAGUCCUCAUUUCCUGGAUUGACCCCGCUGUUGAGAUGGGGAAAGUUGAACCCGCCGCCACUGCAUCCAGAUCCUACACCGUGAAGUACAGGGAGAAGGGUGAGUCUGCACGAUGGGAGUACAAGGACAGCACCCAGAGAAGGAUGAUGAUUGACAGCCUGUCUGCUGACGGCAUGUAUGAGUUCUCUGUCAGAAUCUCUCAGGGAGAAAAUCAUGGGAAAUGGAGUGUUUCUGUCUUUCAGAGGACCCCUGAGUCAGCACCAUCUGGGCCGCCAGAAAACUUUGAGGUCAAGCCGCUGCGAGGAAAAGGAACUGCCGUCAUAGCAACAUGGGAUGAACCUGAAGAGCCAAAUGGAAGGAUAAGAGAGUACAUUCUAUCUUAUGCUCCUGCUAUGAAGCCAUUUGGAAUGAAAACUGUGACAUAUCGUGGGAGCAUCACAUCGGCCACAAUAGAUGGCCUCACACCUGGAGACCGGUAUAUUUUUAAGAUCAGAGCCACCAACAGGAGGGGACAGGGACCACAGAGCAAGGCCUUCAGCGUGGCCAUGCCAGGAUCCAGCAGAGGUGCCUCAUCGUUCUCAAAAAACACAGACAGCAGCAGAAGUUCUCAGACUCCUUCCAAACAAGAUACUGACCAUGAGGAAUCUGACCUCGAGCUGACAGAAGUACCAACAGAACCAACUACAACUACUCCACGACCUCCGUCCCACCCCGUCAACAGGCGGGUGCGCCCACUUUCCCAGUCACGCUCAUAUCAUAGCAUCUUCUCAUCAGUCAGGGGUUCGGUCAGGAAUGGAGGCGGCAGAAGUUCAUUCAGAGACAGAGAAAAAGAUAAGGAAGAGGAAGAGGAGGAAAAGCCACCACCGACUACACCACCGACUACGCCAGCUCCAGUGGAAGAGACGACGACUAUGGAGGUGAUAAUAGAAGCAAAAGAGCCCGACAACGAUGUCUCGCCUGAGUUUGAUGAGGAGGAAUUCAGGCCCCUGACGACUGAAACCCCGAGCCUCAAAGUUGUGACUCCUUCUCCAACAAAACCUGCUAGUCGUCCCAAACCACCACCAAGAAGGCCUGUCAAGAUCAGGAUUCACCAAAGACCAGGAUCUAAGACUUCCUCUGAUUCUUCAUCUUCUGCCUCUUCUAAUCCAUCCACUUCUUCUGAUUCCUCAUCUUCUUCUAAUCCAUCCACUUCUUCUGGUUCCUCUUCUUCUAAUCCAUCCAUGUCUUCUGGUUCCUCCUCUUCCUCUAAUCCAUCUCGUUCUUCUGGUUCCUCCUCUUCCUCUAAUCCAUCUUCUUCUUCUGGUUCCUCAUUUUCCUCUAAUCCAUCUUCUUCUUCUGGUUCCUCCUCUUCUUCAAAUCCGUCCACUUCUUCUCACUCUUCUUCUUCUAAUCCAUCAACUUCUUCUGGUUCCUCUUCUUCCUCUAAUCCAUCCACUUCUUCUCAUUCGUCCUCUUCUUCUAAUCCAUCUAGUUCUUCUCGUUCCUCCUCUUCAUCUAAUCCAUCUACUUCUUCUCGUUCCUCCUCUUCUUUUAAUCCAUCUAGUUCUUCUGGUUCCUCAUCAUCCUCUAAUCCAUCCACUUCUUCCUCUUCAUCUUCUUCUUCUUCAUCUUCUACAAACCCAUCAUCCUCUUCACGUAUUCAAGAGUCAGCAGCUAAGAGAAUAGACUACACAGCUUCCACAUACCCAGAGAGUAAAAACACGUAUGAUACACUGGGUACAACACAUAACAAGCCAGUUUUAGAGACCAACGCCACUUCAGUUGGUAGAGGUUCUGGUACAGCAGGGCGCUUAGGUGGCUCAAGAAAUGGCUAUGGUCGCAGAAAUUCUGGAAUAUUGUUUAGAGGGAAUUCAACCCGGAAUGGAUAUAAACCUGGAUCAACCUCAGCUGGCACCUCCCAUCUAAAUUUCCCAAGCAGAAGUCAGAACCACGCGACAGCGAACACACAUAGUUCAGCUACAACAUCACAAUCCACAUACCCAAGCAGGACUCAAAACCACGAGACAUCAAAUAUCUUCAACUCUGCAACAUCUAGGUCAACCUCAGCAGAUGGUUCUAAUAGUCAAGUCACAUCAGAUGCACAUUUAGAUAAAUCGCAGUCUGGGUCACAAAGCCAUGCAACUUCAAAUACGCACAGUUCAGACACCGACCCGUUCACUUCACAAAGCAGCUCAAAACACCCAUCUACUAUAAACACAUCCGGAUCCUCUCAAUCAACUUCACAUAGAGGAUCUCACAUCCCAGUGACAUCAGAAAACACACAAAAUUCACACACAUCCCCUGGACAAGAUACAGUGUACAAAGAGGGAAACGAUGGUAGUAAUUACAAAGAAACAGACACAGAGGAAAGUAAAGCUGAGUCUACUUCAAGUUCUCAGCCUUCAGAAAGUGAGAGGAGGGAGGAAAGCAGGUCUGAAAAACCUGCUGCUCCUUCUCGAACCAGAAUCAGCUCAUCAUUAGUUGAGCGAUAUCCUUGGUUAGCUACUCGCUACCCAGGCAGGUUUGGUCCAGGAAGUAGAGCAUCAUCUUCCAGACCAGAAGGCAGGACUCCUGUUACUAGGACUUCGUCUUCUAUGGGGGCUAGUAGACCCAUUUUAAGGGGGACACCAACUAGAGUCUCCGGGGCAACAGGUGCCACCGGACUGUCCACAAUACAGGAGACAAAUGAAGACUCUAAACCCCUUUCCACAGAUGACUCAUUAAAAAAUGGAGUGGGGGCAGAGUCAUUAAAGCCGUCUUUGACUAAUCAAAAUGUAGCAUCUAGUGACACUAGGAAACCAACUACCUCAUCUUCUUCUUCUUCUUCUUCUUCAAACUCUGAUUCUCAUCAUUCCAGUGGACACCGAGACUCAGAUGAGCCCAUCCAUACGGGAACAGUUACUGACAAUAAUAAAAAUCAUAAUAAGAAUUAUUUUGAUGUGGCAAACAGUGGAAAAAAUGAGCCCACAGAUGCACAGACAAAUCCUGUUUUAACGUCAGGUGACUCACACAGAAGCACAGAGGACAAUGAAAGUGUGGAUACAAGGGAAACUCCAUCCAGAACCAGGCCCGGUUCAUCUCCUGGAGUCAUUCCAAUACACCGUCGCCCUAAUGGAGGGGUAAACGGGAGGGUGCGCUCCCCUGUACUGGCUAACAGGCAGUUUGGUGGAUCUAGGUUUCCCAUCAGACCUCAGCCAGCGCAAAACUCAAGACUGGGUUCUUCAGCAUCUGAGUACUCUUCUUCCUCAUCAUCUGACUCCUAUGCUUCAUCCAGUGUUGCCAAUCCAGCGUUGACAUCAAAUCAUGAAACUAGCAAUGUCCCUGGUGUGACAAGGACAGGUGGAUUAAAUGGAGGCAGUUCCCAGCCGACUUCAUCAUCAUCUUCAUCAUCAUCCAGAGACAGCUUAAGAGGCCAAGGAGGUAGGUCUCGCUAUCCCAUCGUCAGAGGGAAACCCAACAAUGGAGGAGGACUAAAGCCUUCAAAUGGAAAUGGUAACGGUAAAAAUGGACGACCCAACCUGACAGUAACAAAUGAUAAAGAGUCUUCUUCCUCUCAUGGGGCCAGUAAAUCUAAUGGCCAGAGGUUCAUCACUGGACCAGAUGGAACAAAAUGGCUUGUAGAUUUGCAGAGAGGGGUUCUCAUGAACUCAGAGGGACAAAUUCUCCAGGAUUCCCAAGGAAAACCCAAGAGAGUGGUUCUUGGAGAAGAUGGGCGAACAAUUUUUGACCACAUGGGCAGCCCCCUGGUCAGUCAGGACGGUGUGGCUCUCUUUGGCCAUGGCCGAGAUAGCCGUCCUGUGGUCAACCCCAAAGACAAAGUCAUCAUGGUUGGAGGGAAACCUGUACUUGGCUUAGACCUGCCUCGCCGCAGAACCACCACCACCACAACCUGGGCUCCCACCACCACAACUGAACUCACCACCCCUGACUGGUACUUAGAGGAGUCCACCACUGCCAUGCCAUUUCCAACAUGUCCACCUGGAACUUACUCCAAAAUAGAUGAAUAUGGGUAUCCAGUCCUGGAUCCAGAGGGAAUAUUGGACUGUUAUCCUGAAGAGGAAUCCUCAGGGAUGGAAAUGGACAACAUGGUUACAGUGAUCAUGGUGCCUGAUGCUUUAGCUCUUGAGAAAGAUGAGUUUCUACUCCAGACCACCCUGCCGCCGCCGACCACCACAACAACAACCACCACCACCUCUGAAAUCCAGACCACAGACCCGGUCACUGGGCCCUUCAGCAAAGGCCCUUCAUCAGAGUUCGACCUCAGCGGGAAGAAACGAUUCACAGCUCCGUAUGUGAACUACAUACAGAAGGAUCCCAGUGCUCCUUGCUCCUUGACAGAAGCUCUGGAGUAUCUUCAGGUUGACGUGUUGGAAAACCUCAUGGAGAAGGACAGUUUGGCAGCCAAUCAGAGCCAACCUCCUAAAAAUAAACCCCAUAACCUCACCGUGGUUGCCAUGGAGGGCUGUCAUUCAUUUAUUAUACUGGACUGGGGCCGCCCCAUAAAGGAUGACAUGGUUUCAGGAUACAUGGUCUACAGUGCUUCAUAUGAUGACGUCCUCAACAAUAGAUGGUCUUCUAAAACCUCCAGUGGGACACAUCUGGCCGUGGAGAAUCUCAAACCCAACUCUAGGUAUUACUUCAAAGUGCAGGCCAAGAAUGUGUUUGGUUUGGGACCAGUCAGCGAUAUGCUCACCUAUGUCACUGAAUCAGAUGAUCCUCUUCUCAUUGAAAGACCGCCUGGUGGAGAACCCAUCUGGAUCCCCUUCACCUUCAAAUAUAACCCGAUCCACAGCUCCUGUAAAGGCAGCCAGUAUGUGAAGCGAACGUGGUACAGGAAGUUCGUGGGUGUAGUUCUUUGUAACUCUCUGCGAUACAAGAUCUUUAUGGGAGAUGGCCUGAGAGAACCCUUCUACAGUAUAGGAGACACAUUUGGUCAGGGUGAGGACCACUGCCAGUUCGUAGACUCGUACAGGGACGGAAGGACCGGCCCGGCGUACCUCUCGAAUAAUCUGCCCUCAGCACAAGGAUAUUAUCGUGCAUACCGACAGGAGCCAGUUUCAUUUGGAGUUAUUGGCCGACGUACACCCCACCCAUUUGUGGGCUGGUAUGAAUGCGGCGUGCCCAUCCCUGGGAAGUGGUAACCCAGGAAGAAGAGGAGACAUUGUUACCAAGGGCAACAAUUCUGCAUUGUGCUGCAGGCUUUUCCCGUCAUUGCCCGUAUCAAACAGACUUUUGCCUGCAACCAAAAAGACACCACUACAAAUUUACUACAGCUUCACAGAAAGAGAAUAUAGUACUUUAAAACAACUUAAUGUAUAUCAUUACAAUGCACUUUUUAUAUAAAGCAGUCUGUAUAUGAGGGAAAAAGAAGCAUGUGUGUUUUUGCCUAUUUCAACUCUUGUCAAACAGUGCUCCAGUGCUAUCCCAAAGACAGGUCAAAACCCAGAGUUAUUUAUCUCAUCAAAAUGCACACACAGUCAAAGCAGUCACAUUGGACCAAAGCACAAGCUGAAAAGCAAACUGUAAGAAUGGGCACUUAAUGUGUGUAUAGGUCUGUUAAUUUUUUGAUCAUGAAAUUUGUAUUUCAUAACGUAAUGGCUUCUGACAACUAUGUCUUUUGUUAUUUGUGAUUGUGUAACUUUAUACUGUUUUUACAUCCUUUUUCUAUUCACAAGAUUUCAUUACAAUUUACGGUGUAUAAGUUUUGUAUGUAUACAGACAAAGAAUAAAAGACAGAAUAUUGGCUCAGGAACUGUGAGAGAGAUUGAAUAAAGGUGUUAUUGAAACCACAGCAAUCCAUAAACAUGAAUCAUAUGAUACUGUCCCACUGCCACAUUCUUUUCUAGCUAAAAAAAAAAAUUCCACACGUGAUCCAAGCUACUUAAUCAACCGAAUGGAAGAUUUGAGAAACAGAUGAGGUGUGGAACCAGUUGGAACGACAACUGAUAAAGUUAAAAUCUAAUAAAAACAACAUUUAUUAGAAUGAAGCAGGUGAGAGGAAAAAAGGAAAUGCCAACUCAGGUGUUUGGCACUCAAGCAAGACGAACAAAACUAUCAGUGGAGUGAAGAAACACAAAAUAAAUACCUAAAUUGGAUUUGUUGCACACACACUCAGUUUUAUUGAACUUGAAAUAAGACACAGAUCUGCUGUUAGAUUUGGAGAGGCCUGUAGUAGAAAUUUGCAGAACCAAUUAUCACUGGUAUAUUCUGGACCGUUAUAAAACUGAUGAAUAUUAACUAGUGCUGUCAAAUGAUUAAAAUGUUUA